UAUGCUUCUGUCUUUUCUUGAUCCACUCGAGCUUGUGAAUUGUGAUCACUCAGAAGCACUCUAUCUAUCUCAAACUGGUGGAUUUCAUCUUUUCAUCUCUGGUCCAAACCAGGAAUUUGAAGUUUCACCAUGAAUGGGAUCAGAAACACUGUCUCUGCUGUUGGAGAGAUAGCAGGAGAGCUGGUCAAGCAGGUUGGAUGGCAGGUUUCAACAGAUGCAGUGACAGACACUCUUCGGGCUUUCACUAAUUUGGAAGAGAAAUAUGAAGACUUAAAGCAAGAAAGGCUGUUGCUGCGUUCCCUCAGAAAUGACAUAGAGAGGGAAGUUCAGAGAUGUAGAGAGAAAGAUACCACAAGUUCUUACAGCUUAUGGAUCACUGAGGCAUCAGAGGUUGAUGAAGAAGUGAAUGAUUUGGUGGCCAAAUAUGAAGCAGAAAUGCAAACUUCAAACCGAUUUUGGCUUAGACCAAGUCUGUCUUCAGAGAUGGAAAAAAUGAUUGUUGCAAUUAAGCAACUAGUUAAAAAGAAAAGUUCUAUGGUUUUUCAAGUUGACAAGCCUCCAGAGAGUAUCUUAAAGAUGUUAAAUGCUCCUCGUAUUGCAGGUUAUCCUACCCUACAAGGUGCACUGGAAAAAGUUUUGGAAUUGGUUAAAAAUAGUAAAAUAAAAGCCAUUGGAGUUUAUGGAUUGAAAGGGGUGGGGAAAACAGCAAUAAUGCAGAAUUUGAACAAUCAUGAAGAGGUUGCCAAGUUGUUUGAUAUUGUCAUUUUUGUGAGAGUCUCGGAUGAUGAGACUCAUCUUGAACUCCAACAAAAAAUUGCAAGGCGAUUGAAGGUGGACACCAAAGGGAUCAAUGACCCUGAAGAUAUUGCUAGAAAAAUCCAUGAAGAUCUGAAGAAUAAGAAGUAUUUGUUGAUUUUUGAUGGAGUAGUGGAUUCUAUUGAUCUGAGUCAGCUAGGAAUUCCAAACAAUGACAAUCAUAGUAAGGUUGUGAUGACUGCUCAACAUCAACAGGUUUGUACCUUGAAUGAAGCAGACAGGUUGAUCAAGGUUGAGCCAUUAUCUCGUGAUGAGGCAUGGAAGAUGUUUCGAGAUACUGUUGGUCCUAUAAUUGACCGGCCAGACAUACCAGAGAUUGCUCAACGUGUAUGUGACAAGUGUUCUUGCCUUCCACUACUAAUACAUAAGAUAGCACGUUCUUUCAAAUUGAAAGGGAGUGCUUCAAGUUGGAGGGCAGGGCUGGAAGAUCUUGAAGAACGAUGGCCAGAUUAUGAAAAUGAGGGUGUGAAUGAGUUGUACUCAUUCUUGACAUUCUGCUAUGAUGAGUUGAAAGACGAAAAGAAACAGAAAUGCUUUCUGUAUGCUUCAUUGUACCCUGCGGGUAGCAAGGUUUACAGCGAUUAUUUGGUGGAGUGCUUGGCAGCUCAGGACUUCCUUGGUGAUGUCAAUGGUACAAGAAAAUACCAAAAGGCACGUGACCGUGGUUAUGCAGUACUAGAGCACCUCACUAAUGUCUCAUUACUAGAAAAAGGAAAACAAAUGAUAUAUGUCAGCAUGAAUGAUUGUAUGAAACAACUUGCUUCAUACAUAUCUUCUAAGUAUCCCGAGUGUAAUUCUUAUGUCCAGUCUAGGGAGGAACUUGGGGAACCUGCAACAUCAAAAUCUUGGAAAAAUGCUAGGUGGGUAUCUUUGAUUGACAGCAAUUUGCAGGCUUUACCAAUAGACCAAGAUUGUAGUAAGCUUGAGACAUUAUUGUUGCAGAAGAAUCUGGAGUUAUCUACAAUUCCUAGAACAUUUUUCAAGAAGCAUAUGAGAAAUCUGCUGGUGUUAGAUUUAUAUGGUACCGGACUUAAAAGUCUGCCAUCAUCUGUAUCUAAGCUGACUGGUCUUCGAGGACUAUAUCUUAAUGAUUGUGAGCAUCUGACAUUGUUGAAUUGUGGAUUAAGAUAUCUUGAACGGCUUGAAGGUCCUUGACAUUCGAGGAACCAAAGUGGCCUUCUUAUCAUCUGAUAUUGGAUACUUGACCAAUUUAAGGUGCUUGCGAAUCCCAUACAUUAAAAUUGUAGAUCAAAGU